AUGACAUCUCGGCACAACCCCGCCAAAUUUACUAUCCACCUCCCUCCUCCACCAAUUGCCACCUUUGUCUUAUUUUUUCUCUUUUUCUUCUCACUUCUUCCUUUCUGCGCUGACAUCUAUAGUGUAAGACCAUCUAUCCAACUAUUUGCGGAAACCGGAUAUCUCCGGCCAUCGCAAUAUCACAUUAUCUAUCUAUCUAUCUAUCUAUCUAUCUAUCUAUCUAUGAGUAUAUCCUUUCAUUCAUUAUUUCUUUCAAUAUCUAAUUCCAUGCUUUUCUUCUCCUGUUAUUUAUCUCACUUCUUUUUUUUAGUUUUUUCUUUCUUUCAUACGUCUUAUAUUCUUCUUCACCUACAUUUCUCUUUGUUGGUUCAUUUGCUUGUUUCUUUCUUUUUUAUAUUCAUUAUUUUCUAUUUCUCUUUUUUUCAUAUUAGUUUCUUUUUCUUCUCAUGUUUUCAUUUUCUUUUCUUUUUUCUCUUUCGUCUUUACUUCUCUUUCGUUUUCUUUCUUUUUAGCUUUUUCCUUUCAUUCUUUCUAUAUUCCGCUUUUCUUCCCCUCAUUUUCUAUAUUUCAUUUUUAAUUAUUCCUUUAUUUUAA